AUGGCCCGGCCCAGGCGCCCAGCUCUCAAGCUCGGCGCCUACUCGAAUGCUCGACUGCCUUCGCCAUCCUAUCACUGCUCAAUACAAUCUCUCAAGUCACAUCACGCGAUGCGGGACAAUUUGAACUCUCGGAGAUCGGCGUCUGACUACUGCCGAGUUGCUAGAUUCUUCUGCAGCUGCCGAGUUGCUAGAUUCUUCUGCAGCUGUCUUCGCAACCCUUCUCAUCAACUCCAACUAGGGCCCCAUUACGAUGAGAGCAUCAACAACAUUCGCUUACACCAAACUGCUGUGGAUCAACAACAAAUUCAGGACCUGUCCUGUGUUCUCUUCCUCGUCCUUGGGAAGCCCUGUUCAUCCUACACCAGCGCCACUUUCCUGCACGUGAAAUGCAACGGUUUCUUACCCGGGUCCCGGCGCAAUUCAAGCAAGACUGUUGCCCACUGGAGAGCUUCCAUGUUGGGACAUCUGGAGAAUGGAUCGUUGAGUUGUCCGACGAACUCCAUCAUACCUGCAGGUAUUGCCCCUCCCAAGGUUAAGGCGAUAGCUUGGCUAAGAACGGUCCAAUUCAUUGUUGUGCAUGGCGUUGAACAUAUUUGGAAACGACUGCAAAGCGCAUUCUGUAUCGGCGUUGAACGGGCGGAUCAUUCUAUCAAGACACCACAUGUUCCCAGCUUCUUCACGACAAGAUGCCACAACGGAGACGAGCACAAUUCGCAGUUGUUGCACCAGUUUUGCCAGCACGGACAAACAGAUUUUUAUUCCACCAUUCCACACCGGAGAGGGAUGACGGAUUGGCGCCAGCAAGGACCCGUUCAACGAGCUUUUUCUCCUGUGGGGAUACUUGGCUAA